UUGUUGGGGCUUGGUAAAUUUUGGCUCAUGAUUAUACGUCAAAUUAAUGAUUCACAUUCUUGGUUGGAUACACAUAUGCAGACUGUUUGCCAUUUUGUGAUUGUUAGAUUUUUGUCAUGAGUGGGAUAUGUUCAUUGAUGUAUUUCAGGAAACCAUGACCGAUAAAGGAGAGAAGGUGGCUGUAGAACCUGAAAAUGUGUUUAAACGUCCCAGGGAAUCUGACAGUCCUUCAUAUCAGAAAAGGCAGAAGAUGGCCCUGUUGGCAUGGACAAAAGGAGCAAGAGGUGGUGGUACUGGACACUCCGCCAUGUCUAUGGAAAAGGAGCUUAAGGCAGGAGAUAGUAUUCCACCCAGCCAAUUGGAUUCUUGGACUGAUGACUUCACUGGCUUCAGCAAAGAUGGGCUGAUGCAGAAACCUGGUAGAAAUGCACCUGUAGGAGUCAUCGUUACCAGCAAUUUCUCUGCAGAUGACCUAAAAUGCAGAGAAAUACUCCCUUUUCUAAAAAGCCAAGAAGAAAUUAAUGCUGAUAUAAAAUAUCAGUUAGUGAAGGAAAUUCAAUGCUUUGGACAAAAUUAUGAAGAAAUCUUCAAAUUGCUUGAAGGAGUGCAAGGACCUAUAGAAGUCAAGAAACAAUUUUUUGAAUCCAUCAUCAAGGAAGCAGCAAGUUAUAUGAGAGGAGACUUAAUUCUGCACCUUGAGAAGAAACUGGAAGAAAUAACUUCUGGCUACUUGUCCAAGAAGGAACCUCACACCCUAAAUGCAUAAUCUCUUUAAUGAUUGAGGAGAAAAGAGGAUCAGAUUGCUGUUUUCUACAAUGGAGCAGGAUAUUGCCGAAGUCUUCUAGCGUGUGUUAGUGAAUAAGAUGGCCUUCCAGAGGCUAAGAAAUUUCUGUUAGUAAAAGUUGGUCUUUUUCCC